UCUCACCAGGAUCUGAAGAAUCAACACUUUUUGGUGUUUUUUUUUUGUUGUCUUAAAUGUAUGCCAAUUCUGUAGAGGAUCAGAGAAAAACAACAAAUCAUCUGUAACUGAAAUAGUGGUACCAUGUUGGAAUUAAAUAAAGUGGCAGUCCUGCUGUCUGUCCUGGCUUCAGUGGCUCUGGGCCAAGGACCUGUGAGGAGCAGGAGCCAAUCAGACAGGAGCAGGAGAGGUGCCCUCAACAUGUUCACUGACUUACAGACAACAGGCGUGACAGAGUGGACGUCUUGGUUCAACAUCGACCAUCCUGGAGGAAAUGGAGACUAUGAGCGCCUGGAGGCGAUCCGUUACUAUUACAGGGAGAGGGUUUGUGCGCGGCCCAUGGCCAUGGAGGCUCGAACUACAGACUGGGUGGCAGCAGCAGACACCGGGGAAGUUGUCCACUCCAGUCUGGAGAAGGGCUUCUGGUGCAUCAACAGAGAACAGCCCCAAGGCCGCAUCUGCUCCAACUACCAUGUCCGAUUCCAGUGUCCCCCAGUGCAGAGCUACUGGACUAACUGGAGUGAGUGGGGUCCCUGUUCCACCACAGUUUGUAAUGACGUAGGCAUCCAGGUCCGCCAGAGAAAAUGUGUGAACACCCAGCCAAUGCCUCUCCUGUUGGUGCCAGCGUGCCAGGGGCACCACUCAGAAAGGAGGGAGUGCUCCAACCCUCCAUGUACAGCCAAGUGGAGUCCAUGGGGUCGGUGGGGGACGUGUUCUGUGACUUGUGGUGGAGGUCGCAGGAUAAGGAGGAGGACUUGUGUGAGAAGCUCAUUGACAGUUCAGUGUCCUGGACGGCCUGCUGAAAUACAGAAGUGUGGAAAGAGUCCGUGCCCAGUCAAAUGUCAGCUUGCGUGCACUGAAGGCCGCCCCAAUGAGGACUGUAACCGGUGUACGUGCGACGGCCAUGUUCUGCAGGGAGAAGUCCACAGUGUGACUGGUGUCCCUGUGGCAGGAGCCUGGGUGGCACUGGCCAGCGAGCCUAAGGUGAUCCGUGCCAGAUCAGAUGCCAAAGGUCAUUUCAGAAUCAUGGGAAUUUGCUCUUCCAGCUCCACACGGAUCUCCAUCAGGAAAGAGAAGUUUGCUCCAAUAACCGUCUCCAGCUCCAGUAACACCACAGGGUUUUCCUGGGCACGGGCUGUCCUCAAGUCAGCAGAAAAGCCGUACAUUGUGAAGCACCCGGAGGACAAAGUGCGCUUUGAGGGAGGACGUGUGAUGUUGUGCUGCAAGGCAACGGGAUCACCAACACCUGACAAAUACUACUGGUACCACAAUGGAACUCUGCUGGACAGGAAGGUGUUUAAGUAUGAAGAGGACCUCGUACUGCAGGGCCUGAAGCCGGAGCAGUCAGGACAGUAUUACUGUAAGACCAGCAGCUCUGCAGGCAGCAUCAAGUCCUCUCCAGCCCUCCUCACUGUGAUUGCGAAAGGAAAGCCAGCAUGCAAUUCCACCCCUGAGGCACACCUCAUCAGACUGCCUAUGGACUGUGUUCAACCUGGGACUGACUCCAUGCACUACAACGCUGGCCGCUGCCCACACAACAAAUGUGCUGGAUCCCUAGACUUUGAUAUGCGUUGCAGUGAUGGAGCUGGGUUUUGCUGUGGGAUUCAAACUAUGGAAAAUCGAAUCAUAGACUGUGGGAGCUACAACCUUCCUAUCAGGGCUGUGACACAGUGCGGCUGCCAAAAGUGCUUGCAGCCAACUGUACUGGUUCGUGGCAGAGUGACCACAGCUGACAAUGACGAGCCUCUGCGUUUUGGGUACAUCUACAUUGGUAAAGAGAGGGUUGGCACAACUGGAUACCAAGGAGGUUUCACACUGCAAGUUCCUCCUGAUACUCAGAGAUUAGUGGUAAAUUUUGUUGAUCCCACUCAGAAGUUUAUUGACACUCCUAAGGUGUUCAUCAUUGAUAAGAAAGGUGGGUCAAUCUACCAUAAUGUCAAGGUGAUGAGAAAGCAGACACCAAUUGAUAUCAAUGCGGGAGAGACCAACUCAAUUAGCCUUGGGGAAAUUGAAGGGGAAGACCCUAUUGGGGUAUUGGUUAUUCCUCCCAACUCCUUCCACAAGGACAAUGGAGACACCUAUGAAGGAACUGUGAAAGCCAGCGUCACAUUCAUUGACCCAAGAAAUAUCACCACGGCAGCUGCAGCCCCUGGCGAUCUCAAUUUUGUGGACGAUGAGGGUGACAUGCUCCCUUUGAGGACCUAUGGCAUGUUCUCUGUAGACUUCAGAGAUGAGACCAACAAAGAGGUACUUGGAGCUGGAGCUGUUCAAGUCCUUCUCGACACACAGCAUGUCAAAAUGCAAGAGCACAUUCCCAAAAUGAAGCUGUGGUCUUUAAACCCAGACACGGGAGUCUGGGAAGAGGAGAGCGACUUCUCGUACACCACAACAACUACUGGUGAACACGGACGGAGCAAACGAGAGGAUCGCACAUUCCUCAUAGGCAAUAUGGAGAUCAGAGAACGUAGGCUCUUCAAUUUAGAUGUGCCUGAAAACAGACGCUGCUAUGUUAAAGUCCGUGCCUACAUGAGCGACAAGUUUCUACCGAGUGAGCAGCUGGAGGGUGUCGUGAUCAGCUUGAUAAACCUGGAACCCAAACCUGGUUUUUCAGCAAAUCCUAGAGCAUGGGGCCGCUUUGACAGCGUCAUAACUGGAUCCAAUGGUGCCUGUUUGCCAGCUUUCUGUGAUGCCCAAAGGCCUGAUGCUUACACGGCUUAUGUCACAGCAAUGAUAGGUGGGGAAGAACUAGAGGCAGCUCCCUCCUCCCCUAAGAUGAAUCCAAACAUCAUUGGAGUUUCUCAGCCAUAUCUGAAUAAAAUAGACUACCAGCGCUCAGACCAUGAUGACCCGGCUCUAAAGAAAACAGCCUUCAAAAUCAAUUUGCCAAAGCCAAACCAAAAUAACCUUGAUGAGACCAAUGGGCCAAUAUAUCCUUAUCGGAAUUUAAUAGGUUGUGAAAAUGCCCCUAUUGAUGCAAAUCAUUUCAGAUUCUUUAGAGUGGAAAAAGACAAGUAUGAAUACAAUGUUGUUCCCUUUGAGGAGAACGAUUUGACGACCUGGACGGGAGACUACCUCUCCUGGUGGCCUAACCCCCAGGAAUUCAGAGCAUGCUUCAUUAAGGUGAAGAUCCAUGGACAGAAGGAAGUGAUGGUCAGGUCAAGGAAUCUGGGAGGAACACACAGAGAAACAAAAGGCAAACUUUAUGGCAUAAGAGACAUUCGCAGCACCCGGGACAUGCGAGAGGCCAACACUUCAGCAGCUUGUGUAGAGUUCAAAUGCAGCGGCAUGUUGUUUGAUCAAGCUGAGGUGGAUAGAUCCCUCAUAUCAAUCCUUCCACAGGGGAACUGUCGCAGAUCUGGCACCAACAGCCUCCUACAAGAGUAUCUCAUCAAACAUCCACCUGUCGUUCAAAACAACGAGUCUCAUGCAUUCAACAUGCUAGCCCCUUUUGAUCCUUUGGGACACAACUAUGGCAUUUACACAGUCACAGACCAGAAUCCCAGGGUAGCCAAGGAGAUUGCGAUAGGCCGCUGCUUUGAUGGCACCUCAGAUGGUUUCUCAAGAGAGAUGAAGUCAGACACUGGAGUGGCGCUGACCUUCACCUGUCCAGAGAGGAAAAUUAACAGAGAAAGCCUUUUCCAACGUCUGCAGACCAACCCGGGUCAGACACUGGCUCAGAUGGCAAGAGACAUGAGGGAGUCUGAGGGUCUGCAGGCGCAGAGAUUAUCCUCCCAGGUGGUGGCCUAUCCUUCAGAGCAGCAGGGCAGGACCCAGAAUCGCAGAGUCACCUCUACAACCAGGAGAAGAGUGUCCACACGCAUACAGCAACGCCAGUAGAGGUUCUAAGAAUGGACUCCUGUCAAGACUGAUAUGUGUCAUCAAAACAGGGAAGUUAAAGUUGCCCAUCUAUUGAUGAGCAUCAACUCCCUCUUGACUAUGGAAACCACAAAAUCAAGACAGACAGCAAUUCAGCAAAAUCAAUGAGAAUGAUUGAAGAUAUUCAUUAGACUUACUGGUAUACUUACUUGAAGUUUGGUACUGUUUAUUCAUUUCUUCUUUACCUCUUAAAAGACUUCAAUCAUUUGACUAUUUUUAAGUGGUGACUGACAUUUACUAAAUUAGCUUUGGUCUAAUUUUAAUUAUAAAUACACUAAAUUGACGUUUGAGAAUAUAACUUUUAUAGUUCUAAUAUGUAGCAUUCCACUCUCCCUGCUAUGUUUUUUAAUUUUUUGCUGACAUCUUUCAAUGCUGGAGUUGAAACCAAACCUUAAAAAAAUGUAAAUAUUACGCCAGGCCCCAAACACUUCAUAAUUGGCCAUGCUUUCCACUGAACUUCUCUUUAAGAUCAUAAAGAAACCAACUUGAGGUCCUUGUUGUCUGCGGCAGACACUGAGUCAUUUUUCUGCUAACUGGGAAACUCUCCACCGAGGGAAAGCAAAAGAGACACAUGCAGUGGGCUGAGGCAUGCCACCCAGGGAACAGAGGAUGUUUUCAGUCACGCUUCUUAAUGUUUUUCAUUAGCAUGCCUUAUUGCCAACUGUGAUUUAGCCAAAUGUCCCUUCACACCUACUUAGAAUGAGCAAGACCAAGACCUCUGCCAAGACAAGCAUGGAUCUCACUAGUCGCAGCCAGUCUGAAAUGAGGAUGGUUGAUUGAAAGGUAUGACAUCAUUAGUUUUUGCCCCCUGCACAUUCCAAAUUAGCAUCACCAAAGAAAAUGGUACUUUAAUAAAUAUUCCUAAAUAUCUCACCAAUACAGAGACCUAUUCAAGGUCUAAAUUACUUUUUUGUUGUUGUUUUUAUUGGGUAAUAUGCUUGUGAGCUGCCUUUGUAUCUUGAAGUGCAAUAACUACAUAAUUUAACUUAAAAAUUCUUUAGGAUCAGCAUGUAACAAACUAUUACAGUACAAAAAAGUGCUGCUGGUGAAUGAAUUACUUCAGUACGUGUGGCAGAUAGUUUGGUUUAAGUGUUUGCACGAGAACCUACAUAGGACUCAUUUAAAGCAGAUCAUUUAAAGCAGAUCAUUUAACUGCGUUGUAAUCACUCUUCAUCUCUGAACUGUGUAUAAUCUAUUAACCUUUUCAUACUUUGCUGCAUGACUCAGUUGAUUUUACAAUGUGUAAACCACAGUAAUAUUUUCACCUUCAGAGAGCAAUCUUGUUAAAGGCACUUAAAACUCUCAGCAAGGCCUUCUCUUGGCUAACAAAACCUACUCUUACACGAGUGAUAAUUAAGUACAUUUAAAUAACACAUCUUACUGUAAAUAUCGAGGCAGAUUACAAGACUAAAAUAUCAAAUAUUAAGCAAAUAUUAUUUGAGGUUGGUGAUAGGAAGAAACUUACCUCUGCGAUAGAAGCAGCAGACUUGUUUAUCUGCAAAAUGGGUACUUGCAGACCCAUGGGAAAAGCUCUUCAAGCUGAACUAAUCCAAAUCCAUAUAAGGGGAACCAUGGUCCGUGGAGAAACUAGGAGAGGCUGACAAGCAAAUCUAAGCCUGGUGUUAAUUAGAAAAUAAAUUACAUAUUCUCUUGAGAACUAUUAAAACAGUUCGACCCAGACUUCCACAAACAGCCAAACAAGUUAUUUUUAGGGUACAAAGGAGGAAGUUAAGUAAUUAACAAUAAACUGGGCCCAAGAGGAUUAUGGACAAACAUAUUUACUAUUAAAGUGGCACCCAGCCCAAUGUACAGGUAACUCAAUUUUGGCUUGAUUACAUUUUAAUUCCUAAUGUGCAACACUUGUGUGUAUAAAUGAACAAUAUAUUGUAAACCUACACUUGUACUUGGCCUCAUGUUGAAUAAACAAUCUCUUUGCAUUCUGUACUAUGAGCAUUAGACUCAAGAAAAACACUCAAAAACAGAAUAAUUUAGGUUGACAACAAGCAGUACCUUCGUCAUUAUCACUGACCUCUCUAAUCACAGGCCUGCAGGCCGUCCACAACUCCACAGUUCAGAUCUCCGGAAAAAAACAAACAUCUCCCCGCAGCAGACGCAGCAUCCACCCUGUAAAAAAAAAGAUGAUGAUUGAAUCCAGGUGUGCGAAGAGAUAAGUCCAAUAAAAAUGCAAGCAAAGGAGUUGUGUGAGGUCAGCUGAGGAGGCCCGACAGCUGUAGAGCAACUGGAGGAUAUGU